UUUCGAACGCGGCCGUCGACUGACUGACGGCUGAGGCGUUUUCUGCUUUAUAAACAGAACACACCGGAAAAUAACAACAACAACAACAAGAAAAGAUACAAAUCUCUAUAGACAGAGCGGGCGAAUGUUGUUAGACAUCGGUGCGGAAAUCUAAGCAAAAUAUAGCCAUAGAACGCAAGAAAGACGCGAGUUUACAGUGCCGAAAACAUCAAAAUAAUACAAAUAUAAGAAAUAUGCAAAGAAACGAGUAAUUUAUAGAAAUAUAUUUGUAAAUGCCCCGACUAAGACGCAAGCAAACACUUUCAAACCAAAUUGUUUCGUUUCAAUUGCUUUCCGCGAGUCGAGUGAAAAAGUUAAAAAUAAAAGAGAAAAUACAAUUAAGGAAAGCAACAUAAGAAAUUUCCAUAAAGAACCAAAUGCCAAUGCGGCAAUUAAAAUAAGUGAUAAAGAUUUUCCAUAUAUAACAACAAAAUCCAAAUAAAUCCAAACAAGUUCUAUAAAUGCUCUAAAUUCUAUACAGCCGGUUGUGGAAAAAGCUUGGAUUUUCCUUUGUUUUUCUUUAAUACGAAAACAUCAGUUAAAUGCAGUAUUUACUUUGCUUUGGCGCCCUCCUCACGCUGCUGGCCACAGCUUACGCCAUCAGAUGCUACUCAUGUGAGUCCGUUUACGAGACGAGCUGCGGCGAAAAUUUCGAAAUCGAGAAUCAUUUCAAGUACGAUUGCGCCUUUAUUGCCCCGCCCCGUUUUUUGGAAAACGAGCUAACCAACAAGAAUGCGACAGCGUGCCUGAAGCGAGUUUUUCGCGAAAAUGGCGUCAACAAAUUCGUGCGUGGCUGCUACUUUGGCGAGGUGAACGAGACGGAGAUUGGCUGCAAGCUGGACCCCACGCUGAUCGCCGUGCAGAACGCCAGCUGCCACGUGUGCGACAACGAGAACUACUGCAAUGGAGCGGAUCAUCCGCAGGUGCAUCUGUGGCAACUGCCCGCAUUGGCGUUGUAUCUGCUGGCAGCUCGAUGGCUGCAGGGCGGCCAACGGGACGUAUGAGGCAUGUUUAAGGCAUUAGGCAUAAGUUGUUGUUGUUCUUAGUUUGUUGUUAUAUGUAUAUGGCCAUGGCCAAGAAAGCCGAGAAAGCGCCAAAGGCCAGCUAAUAAAAUCUAAAUUAUUAUAGAAUAAA